GUGUGUGUGCGUUUGUAAAUGGCCGCGAACGUGGACCUUUGUAGGAAUACACACCUUCUAACCAUGGACGCCCGGCGAAGGUGGACGUCCACGGUUCUCUUUUAUCUUUAAUAUGACUUUUUACGGCUAAACAAGUACCAUAUCAAAUAGGAGACUCGAUUGGAGCUAGGUCCACGAUAACCGUUAACAAAUCUGAUACACCGGUGUGCAUAUCAUUACGACCGACUAGGAUUAAUGAUCGGUGGGACAAAAUUACUCGAUCGGCGGAUUUCAUUUCCGUCUGCUGCCAGCUUUGGAUCAGUUUAGGGGAGUCCCUGUUUUACCUUGUGAUUUCAGAUAACGCGCGUUAGCGAGGUCUUGACGGGGACGUCGGACUUCCGGGUACUCUGGCCUGAGCUGCACGGGACGCGCCCCGCGGCUUAACGGCGCGGUGCCCGUCUUCUACAAGUAACAUUUCGAGUCGCUAGCUGCAUGCUGAUUGAUGGCGAUGCCGAAACGGAUGGUCAACAAAUAUCUUUAAUUAAAAUGACAACCAGACGCCGCCGUGUUGCACCGCAUCAACAGGUAGAGAAAUGGUGCAGGGCUGAAAAAGACCCAGAUGGCUUUGAAAUAAAGUUUGUGAAUGAGACAAUAGGUGUGAACUACAGCAUUGAUGCAUCUGAUCCAGAGGCGGGGUUAGGCCGUUGGAUUAAUGAUGAUCAUAAGGCACCAAAUUCUGUAAUGAAGAAAAUCAUCCUGCAUGACUCAAGUCCACACCUGUGUCUGUUUGCAUGUGACGAUAUUCAGGUGGGGGAGGAAAUACGAUAUGAUUACGGCACUAAGGAUUUGCCAUGGCGGCAGCCUCCCACACCAAACGUCAUGCCACACACUAACAUCAACGUGCAGGAAACGCCUAGCAAGAAGCUGCCGACACCCCACAGCAUGGACAUUGUCACCUCUACUACCACCAAUAAGCUGCCCUAUAUGCCAGAUGCAACAUCUAAGCCAGCAUCACAACCAAUCAUGAACAACAUCAGCAACCAAAGCUCUCACCAGUGUCCUAUCCAAGGAACACCAUCCACCAGUCAACUACUACCCCACUCUCAAGAGGGUGACACACCAACAUCCGAUGAUAAUGGGACAGCUAGGCAAGAGGUAUACUCCCUGAGUAACAGCAUGUCUUGCAGCCAGGUUGAUGCCUGCUAUAACCCGGACUUAGAUUCCCCAGGUGUCAUAGAUGGAAGUGAAGAGGGACCAGAAGGCCUAGAUACCCAAUUGCACACACCAAUUGUGGAGCACACCUCCAGUAACAUGCAGGAAACGCCUAUAAACAAGCUGCCGACACCCAACAGCAUGGACAUUGUCACCUCCACUACCACCAAUAAGCUGCCCCAUAUGCCAGAUGCAACAUCCAAGCCAGCAUCACAACCAAUCAUGAACAACAUCAGCAACCAAAGCUCUCACCAGUGUCCUAUCCAAGGAACACCAUCCACCAGUCAACUACUACCCCACUCUCAAGAGGGUGGCACACCAACAUCCGAUGAUAAUGGGACAGCUAGGCAAGAGGUACACUCCCUGAGUAACAGCAUGUCUUGCAGCCAGGUUGAUGCCUGCUAUAACCCGGACUUGGAUUCCCCAGGUGUCAUAGAUGGAAGUGAAGAGGGACCAGAAGGCCUAGAUGCCAUGUCAGAGGUGUCAGACCUGUCGGAAACUACUACAGAUCUAACAGAUGAUUCUGACCCGGAUUACAUACCGGAAUCUGAUGAUGAUGUUGGGGAAAGGGAGAUGAGUCCUGUCAUUCCUAUCCCUGGAUCUUUUAAUAUUCAUCGUGGUUGUCUACCCACUCAUGAAGAUGAAGCAUCAACCAGUGAGAAUCAUGUAGACAGCACCUCAAAAGCAGUAUUGCAUGCCUGCAGUAGGUCUUCAGGGAUACAAGUGAAUGCCACAGCAAAUGGAAGAAGCAAAAGCUGGGAUAAAGUCCAAUAUUGUCCUUUCUGCAUGGAACCUCAGAAGAAAUUACCUCGCCAUUUACAAACUCCCAAACACAGAAACGAACCACAGGUGCAGAAAUGGCUUUCUAGUGAAGACCAAAAGGAUAAAGUGAGGCAAUUGACACUAAUGCGCAAUUAUGGAAACUACCUACACAAUAUCUCUGUCCUGAAGAAGGGAGUUGGAGAACUCAUUGUUGUUCAUAGGCCAGCAGACAAGUCAGAUCCAUCAGAUUACGUUCCCUGCUCAAACUGUUAUGGUUUUAUCACGAAGACAGAAUUGUGGAAACACAAGUGCAGCCAGAUACUUGAUAGUAUACCAUCUGGGAAAACAAAGAAACGAGGAAAAGUGCGUGCUGCCAAAAUGCUGCUACCAAAUACUCCUGGGGUGGAUACGAGAACCAUUGAAAUCCUGUCGAACAUGAUCGAUGACAAUAUAGCCGCUGUGGUCAGGUCGGAUGACCUAAUAACUAAAUUUGCUGAGAAGUUAACCAUGAAACAUGGACAUAGCAGAGACCAAGAGAACUAUAUCAGGCAACGGUCAAGGGAGCUAGGAAGAAUGGUCCUCGAGUACAGAUCAAUGACAGGGGAGACCAAUGUCGAUCUUGCAAGUCUCAUACGUCCUGAGAAGUUUGUUGCAGUGACGUCUGCUACAAAACUGGCUGCAGGAUUUUGUGCUGAAAACAAUGUCUACAAAACCCCCAGUCUUGCAUUAAAGAUCGGACACGGUCUGAAGACUUGUUGCGAGAUUCUACAAGGAAAAGCCAUUAUGACGCAGAACUCUGCCAUCAAGAAAAGUUGCAAGGCAUUCUUGACCCUGUAUGACCUUCAAUGGGGGAGCUAUGUAACUCACCAUGCACUAAGAAGUCUUCAAGAAGGAAGAAGAAAUAACCCAAAGUUGUUGCCACUUACCGAAGAUGUAGUCAAAUUUGCGAAACAUCUCAAGGGAGAAAUGCAUGCAAAAUUGAAUGGGCUUGAGAAAGAGAGCAACACCAACAGAAUUGCACAUGAAUGGCAUAAUCUUUCUGAAGUACUGCUGGCACAUAUUGUUGUCUUUAACAGGAAAAGACCUGGAGAGGUCUCAAAAAUGACCAUGCAAGAUUAUGAAAAUUGCUCGCAAGGAGAAGGUGGUAUAAUUGAUGGUGCUCUCAGCAAGUGGGAGAGAGCACUUUGUCGAGUUCUAUGGAGAGUCGAAAUCGUUGGAAAACGUUUGAGGACGGUGCCUGUACUUUUGACAACGACAAUGAAGAGGGCAAUGGACUUGUUGAAAGAGAGGAGAUGUGAGGCUGGCAUCGAGGAGAGCAACACAUAUGUGUUUGCUGGAUCAGGGGAAGGGCACCGGAGAGCAUGCGAUGCUAUCCGUGUCCAUUCCACCAAAUGUAAUGCUGAACAUCCAGAACAUCUCAGAGCAACACAUCUGAGAAAGCAAAUUGCCACUGUAGCCCAGAUUAUGAAUUUAAAGGAAAAUGAGCUAGAUGUCUUAGCUAAUUUCCUUGGGCAUGACAUCAGAACGCAUCGGGAAUACUAUAGACUCCCAGAUUCAACAGUGCAACUGGCGAAGGUUUCAAAAGUUCUUCUGAAGAUGGAGAGGGGAGAUCUUGAAGGUCUUGCCAAUAAAGGACUAGAGGAAGUGCAGUUGGAUCCCAGUGAAGAGUACAUCACUGAUGCCGAGUCAGAUUCUGAGGGUGAAGAUGUGCAGUCUGAUGAUUCACCUUUGGUGACUGUGAGGACAGAAGACUGUAGUGCCUACUCUGGGAAAUCAAAAAGUCCUUCUGAGAAUCAUCCAAUCAGGAAAGUCUGGACUUUGAAAGAGAAGACAACUGUCGCAGACCAUUUGGGCUCAUUUCUCCUAAGACGUACCCUACCAGGAAAGGCACAUAUUUUGAAACUCUUCAAUGCAGAGCCACAAACCUUUCGGGAUCGAUCUUGGACCAACGUGAAAGAUUUCGUUCGAAACCAGAUUCGGAAGAAGGAUGUAAUGGGAUUCUUGAAGAUGUAAAGUACAUUUAUGAAUGCUCAUCAUGAUACAUAUUAUAUAUACCUGUAGACAUUGUGACAUUUCUCCCAAAAGAGGAGGGGAAGGGGAUGUGGCAAUGGACUUAUCGUGUCAGGCUGUUGCCAAAUGAUUUGUUAUCAUUGUGUGCUUGUACAUAUAUGCAAAAUAAUUGGGGCACUUAAGUUAGACAGAAAAAAGAUAUGUUUGUUGCCUGACUUGAAAUUCGGCAAGAUCCCUUCUCCCUCCUCCCUUUUGGAAUUGAUUUGUUAAGUUCAUACAUGAAGGUUUAGGUUCAGAACUGAUGAUAUACAUGUACAGGAGAAAUGUGUAAUGUAUUGUAAUGCUGCUCAUGUAUGCAUUAUGAGAUUUUAUCAAACCCUAAAGACAAAAUUUAUUGUUGAUUUUUUUUGGAGUAGAUAAUGCAGUCACUAGUUAAAUGUGGGAUACCCUCAGUUGAUUUCAUUGAUUACUUUAGUUCAUACGUGAAAGAUUCAUAUUAUGGAAGUAGUCUGUAUGUCCUGUUUCUUUUGUGAUUCUAUUUAAAGUUGAGACUUUGAAAAUGUGUAGUCACAUUUAAUUGGGUUUCGAGAAAUGUUGCACCAACAAAUAGAUUUCCUUUUGUUUAUGUAAAAUAUCUACAGUCGGUAUGGAAGUUCAUGUAGUGUAGCUCUAUUGAAGUAAAAAGCUAUCGAGUGAAAAACUGUUAAUUCAGCAACUUGGUGACAUGACUUUGCCCAUUCAUUAUAUGAAGGGUGAUGGAUGGAAACUUCAUAUAAGAGAAGCAAUAAUUAUAGGUAUAUAGAAUAUUUCAUGCUCUUCACUUGAAAUCUAAAUUUAUAUAUUAUGGUUUCAUUUGUUCUAGAUCAGUAUGAAAGAAACAAAUGUUCCCUAACAGUUUCAUCAUUUGGUUUUUAAUGAAAGUUAUAUAAAUCCUCUCCACAUAAUAUAUGUACGACUUCAACAUUAUUUUGUGUAGAUAAAUGCGUUUAAUAGCAAUUCACCUCAUUUAAUUGAUGCAAUUGAUUUAAGCACUGUAGAUUUCAAAGAUGUAAUAUGGUAUAAAUGAAGACUGUAUGUAUACUGUGUAUGAGCAAGGAAUUUAAAGACAUAAAUUAUGU